CGUGGCCUGCGGCUCCGGGCCGGUGGCGCCGCUGUCGGUCGCGCUGACUGCUCGUGUGGACCCCGGGUCGCGGGCGCUCGCUGCCGGCCGCCGCUCAGCCCCCGCCGCCGAGGCCGUCGGCCCGAGCCUCCGCCAUGGACUUCGAGGACGAUUAUACACACUCUGCUUGCAGAAAUACUUAUCAGAGCUUUAACGGAAUGGAUCGUGAUUACGGCCCUGGAUCUUAUGGAGGGAUGGAUCGUGACUAUGGCCAUGGAUCCUAUGUGGGUCAGAGAUCCAUGGACUCCUACCUAAACCAGUCAUAUGGCAUGGACAGUCACAGUGGUGGUGGUGGGGGUAGCAGGUAAAUGCUUCAUCGCUUGGCCAAAUACUUAGAUGACUAUAAGAUUCUGAAUAUUUUCAUUUAACUUAAGUCUUCCUUAGGCAUGUUAUGGUACUGGAAUUUCUCUAUUUGGAAUUGAAUAAUUCCCUUAAAUGUUUAAAGGUGUUAAUGGUUAUAAAAAUUAUUUCCGCAUCACUGGCAGACAUUAUUUUAGGAGAACCUUAGGAAACCAUUAUCAUUUCAUUAUGAUAGAGGGACAUUUUCUGUCUUUAGCAGUGAACUUUUUUUCCCUGCUUCUUUUACUUUUAACUCCUUAUCAGUAGGAAUGUCUUGAACAAAUGCGAUAAAAAUGUUAUUGGAAACCUUAUUUAUGAAGCGUUUAAUGAUUUUUCAAAAAAGUCUUUCCUAACGGGGGGGGGGUACACUCUAUAAAGCAGCAAAGCAGUCUUUGCCUCGAGCGGGUUUCACUUAGCCAGUCUAGCAACAUUAAGUUUCUGAGAAACAUUUAAGCUAGUUUUUUCUUUUAAUUUUAAAUUAAGUUUCAAGAGCAUAUAAUAAUGAUAAAAAGCGUGGUUUAAAUCUCGUCGAGGUCAUUUCUUGGCAGGUACUUAACACCAGAAACACAUGUGCUCUAGACCAGAAGCCUCAUGUUGAAGCCAUGAGUACUACACUUGUGCUUAUUCUAAUGCACUGCAGUUCAGAUUGUCCAUGCGUUUCACUGUGGAUGCUGCGUAAGACCUACACCUAGUGGGAUUCCUACAGACUCUAGGACCGAUCCUGUUUCAGGCCGAGGGAGUCUACUUUCUGAGGCACAGGAGUCCUACUAAAUAUAAGUAGACCUGGUUAGGAAACAUUUGAAGCUACUGUCCUUCAUAAAUUGAAGGAUCUGGAUUCCUUAAGGAUGGAUUGAAUGAUGCCGACUUUUCUUUUUUUCUGCUUCAAGUGUACCAUUUUGGUUCAUAGCAGAGAAAAAUCAAGCAAAUAGAUAGAUCCACCAAUUUGGCUUAAGUGAUAGAUGGUUUGAAAAAUCUAGUCGGAAAAAAGGAGUAAUUUUUACACGGGUACUAGGAUUCAGAAAUAAAUAGUACCUUCGAUUCAGUGACCUGUAAAUAACUGAGGCAACGUAAGCCAUCUACGUGUGUUUCCGUAUCAGCUCCUGCCUGUCACAUAGUGCACGUAAGCACAUGCGUAAAGGUGCGGAGAAGUUCUCACCUUGCGCAUGUGUAACCGUGGGCCUUUUAAAACAACACCGUAGGAUAAGCAGCCUUCGUAAUUCAUGCUUUGGUGAGGAGGAAGCUGGUUUCUUCUGUUGACUCUAUUGAAACCUUGAGGAGACUGUGUGCUCCUCUUUUAGAGUAGUUUUAUGUGAUAAUUUUCUGCCAGGGAACAAUUUUUCAAAUAAUCAAAGACGUCAUAAAAUGUAUUCUUUCUAAUCUGCCUUGAAAAUUCAUAUGCGUAGGAUAUAUGUUGGUGGUCUUUUAUGUUCUAUUUUAUGUGCUUAAUCCUUCUAGACUUGUUAGAUUUAUUAGCCUAUAAGUGAAAAGUGACUGAGGAUUGAUUAUUGACUGUAACUGAAGUUUUAUAACCACAUAAUGCUCCCAAUUUUGACUGCUAUAGAUGCAAUGAAGCAGUUUUGUGAUAUAGAUUAUGGGGGUACGAACGGAUCUUUUCUGUGUCACAAAUAGCCUACAUCUGUGUAGUCUUCAAUUUGUGUCCCUACUGAAAGCCAAAGUAUUGUAACUAUUUUGUAUUUUCUAAUAUCAGGGGUGGAUUCAAAGAAAGUUUGAGUAGUUUGUGAACGUUAGCAAAUGACUUUUUCCAAGACUAGGGCUGGGCUUCGAUAAUGACAGACAAAUCGUUCCUUUUAACAAAGUAGAAAGCUGCCAAAAGCAGACGUCUAAGCCAAGGUUUACUUGACUCAAUUCAUAUCCAAACACUGACUCAGAUAGCUUUCUAUCUGGUCUCAUGCUGAAGUGCCCAGCCCUAAUCAAGUGUGAACCAAAGCAGAACUGUGCAAACCAGUAUGUGGUAAAUGCAUUUUGGUUGAUAAAUGUCAUCUGAUAAUUUGUCUUUUGAAUAUUGUCUAACACUAGUAAGCUUACUUUUGUUUUUUCCCUCACUGUGCAACUCUUCCAGGUUUGGACCUUAUGAGUCUUACGACUCCAGGUCUUCUCUGGGUGGGCGAGAUCUGUACAGAUCUGGCUAUGGUUUUAAUGAACCCGAACAAAGCCGCUUCGGAGGUAGUUAUGGUGGUCGAUUUGAGAGCUCCUACCGGAAUAGCCUUGACUCUUUCGGAGGUAGAAGCCAGGGCGGGUCUAGCUGGGAAGCACCUUACUCCCGUUCAAAAUUGAGGCCUGGGUUUAUGGAGGACAGAGGAAGAGAGGGUUGCUCUUCCUACAGCAGUUUUUCUUCACCCCAUAUGAAGCCUGCACCUGUAGGCUCUCGGGGGAGAGGAACGCCUGCUUAUCCUGAAAGUGCGUUUGGAAGCAGAAACUAUGAUGCUUUUGGAGGACCAUCAACAGGCAGAGGCCGAGGCCGAGGAGUAAGUACAACAGAAUCUUUUCAGAUUCUUUUCACUAGUCACUCUUUUAAACCCUUUCAAGACCAUGGUUUGCAACUAGAACAAACACUGUUCAUCCCAGUGUGUUGUGAAGCCAAAGCUAAGUCAUGAGCAUAAUUGUUAGGUCGCCUGUACAAGUUUCUCUAGCACCUCAGAAAAUACGUGGCAGUGUGAGAGGACCUCCUAAAGUUUUGCCAGCUCUCCCUUUAUUCAAAAGGUGAGGACAUCAGGUUUGGUCUAAAAGGGGUUAAAAGGAGUUGCAUUUUGCCUUGUAAACACUAGCAGUUCGCUGGUGGGACAGCGCUUGGACUGCUGCAAAGUAAUGAACCUUGGAGUUUCUGAGUAGGUUAAAGGUGCAAUGUAUGAUCACACGUGUCUGCCUUGCUGCUAAACUCUGGCACGUAGAAUUUCUUCAGAGCUUCAUGUUUCCCAUGAAGCACGAGAGACUCAAAGUCGGUGACAGAUGAGGGCAGUGUCGCCAUGUUUACAUGGUGAAGACCUUGAAACGCUAGUGGGUUGUAGAUGAUUUGCGGUCAGUUCCAUUUUGCUAACUCACUCUCUGACAGUGUGUCCUACUGCUGGGUGUUGUGUUUUCCCUGUGUCACUAGUUUUCCUAUUGAGAAAUAACUUCCUCCCUGUACAAACAUGUGUAUGCUCCUUCCAAGGAAGUAAUAUUUUGUAAAUUACUGCUUAAACCGGUAAAUAUACUAGUCUUUACGAAUGUAAUUUUAGGAUGUGUAGGAUAAGGAUUCUGCCUUACAUUCUUAGGUAGCUUGGUUGACAUGAAAUUUUUCCUAGGAAGUAUAUGUAGAUUGUGGAGUUACUAUGUCGUUUGAUCCUAUAAAGAAUACUGUAUUUUUGCUAUAAUGUAAAUUUUUUUUUUUUUUUUGUCUUAAACAGUCAGUUGCUCUUAGUGUUCUCUUUGCAGAGGAAAGUACUUCUGAUGAAAAACGUAGUAGGGCACAUAUUUUGGACUGUUUACUAGCCUUUGGUACCUCAGUGUAGUCUGUCAUCCUUGUCUAGAAAUUUUGCAUUUAUAACAGUUACUCUUUACUUAUAUAAAAUGCAUUGCACCUUUAAUGGCUAAUUAAUGAAGAUUUUUCUGAUGUGACUAUGUAAAUUACCUGGAAACACUAAAUGAUUCAAGGUUACUAGGUUAGACAGGUGUUCCUAAGCAUAAUACACAGGUGUCAGCAACUGCUGUGUUGCUAGUCCACCAUGCCUUACGAUCGUGGAUUAAUUGAAAAUAGUUGGGGUAAUAGGUUUUGGGCUUCGAAAUUGAAAAUCGAUUCCAGUUUUAAAAAUUUGGAAAACAGUUAACAUUUUCCAUGCUAUUACUUUAGGCAAAUGAUUUUUUUCUUAAUGAGACUCCAAAUGUCAGUUUUGUUUUCACGAUAGAGAAGCAGGUAUUCCAGUCCUUUAUUUUCACCAUUCUGGUCUGAAUGGACUUUGCUUUCUCUCCUCCUGUUAAUGAAGUAGAUGAACCAACAGGGCUUUUUCUUUUUAAAUCUUCACUUGUACAAUUCCCGUUGGAUCCUUCUCUUCAGAUUACUCCUCAAUCUUUAUCUUCUAAAAGUAAGUUUAGCAGAGUAAAUUUCUCUGGCCACGUGGCUUCUUGGUGUAGCGGAUUUUGUUAAUGACAAGACGGGACACAAAGAGUCGUUUGGUUGCAUGACUCUUCGUCUGUAAACUCUUGCUUCUUGGGCUUCUGGGUCAGGAUAUGUUUCUCUAGGUAAGAAUGUGAAUGGAACGUCAGAUGCAGUUCUUUAUCUGAAGUGUGUCUUGGAAGUUGAUGCAUGGUUAUGCUUAACUCUCCUAUUUCAGACUAAUGUUCCAUCUCGCCUUCUCAUCCCUUUUUCAACAGGGAGAAAUUCUAAAUGAUUUCUGGAUCUUUUUUUUUUUUUAAUUUCAGACUUCAAAUAUGGUCUUCUUGGUGUAUCUUAGCAUUCAGUCAGGUUUUAGUGACAUCAAGAUGUCUUUUAAGGUCUUUUCAUGGGAGAACCUCGAUUAGGGACUCUGAAGAGGAGCUGUCAGAGAGUUGUACAAGUGGUAACAUUCCCACAGGCACAUUCGUUGUUCAUGAUCUCAAUUUGGGAUUGUAAGAAUCAAAAGGAGGGAAUCUAUAUUUGUUCUACUGGAGAUAAAAAUGCCAGUUCCCUGGAUUGGAGUUCAUGUCAUCAUUUAUGAAGUUUUUAAUGUUUUUAUUCAGGGUGGACAUGUAAAAUUUAGUUAACAUUCUGAGGAAUUUUCAGGUGAAAAUUUUUAGAUAGAUAACGUGUAAAUUUUGUAUGAAGUCGUACUUUGCCUUUGGAUACUAUGCUCAUAUUUCUUGAUUUCACAAAUUUGCAGCAUAUGAGUGAUUUUGGAAGCAUUCAUAGACCUGGAAUUGUUGUUGACUAUCAAAACAAACCCACCAGUGUGACAGUUGCUGCCGCAAGAGGAAUAAAGAGAAAAAUGAUGCAACCAUUUAAUAAGCCUGGUGGAACCUUUAUCAAGAAACCCAAGCUGGCGAAACCUGUGGAGAAGAUGAGCCUCAGCAAAUCGCCCA